AUGUUGUCAGUAACUGAUGUUCGCUUCGAGCAUUAUCAGGCUCCCAAUACUCUCGGGGUUCAAGAGUCCACGCCGCGAAUCUCUUGGAAGAUCGCACAACACGACACUCGCAGUGCACAAAAUGGAUACGAGAUCGAGUUGACCAAGUACGGUCCUAGCCAAGAGGUCCACGAUGUAUUGACUACAAGUCAACAAUCCCAGGAAAAUAUCCUUAUUCUAUGGCCAUUUAGAGAACCUCUUCAGUCUCGUGAGCAUGUAUCAAUUCGUGUUCGAGUUUGGGAUGAGCAGGAGGAAAAGAGUCCCUGGAGUAAGCCUGCCCAUCUUGAAGUAGGGCUAUUGCAUCGGUCAGAUUGGACCUGCGAACGCAUCGCCGCCCCAUGGGCUUCAGAAACGACAGAAGCUAGCCCUGAAAACUUGUUCCGCAGGCAAUUUGCUCUUCGCAACUCGCCUGUCAAAGCACGACUCUAUGUCACCGCGCAAGGAGUUUAUGAAGCUGAGAUCAAUGGGCAACGCGUCGGUGAUUAUUUCCUCGCUCCAGGAUGGACAUCUUAUUAUGGACGACUCCAGUACCAGAGUUAUGAUGUUCUUUCGCACCUAAUCAACGGUACGAAUUGUAUUGGAAUCAGAGUUGCAGAGGGAUGGUUUUGUGGCCGUAUUGGGUUUGAAGGCGGACACAGAAACAUAUGGGGUCCUCAUACUGCUCUUCUUGCGCAGUUGGAAGUUACUUACGAAGAUGGUCAAAGAUGCAUAAUAGAGAGCGAUGGUUCGUGGAAGGUUAUACAAGGCCCAACUCGCUUGGCGGAGAUAUAUGAUGGAGAGAAAUAUGACAUGACAAUGGAGGUGCUAAAUUGGUCAUCGGUGAUGGAUCAAGAAAGGCCGAGAGGAUGGACAGAUGCACAAACGCUGAGAUUCCCACCUGUAUCAACAGAGCUCGUUGCAGGCUUUGCAGAACCAGGGCGUCGGAUCGGAACCAUAUCUCCUGUCAAAGAGAUCACGACACCAAGUGGGAAAAGGGUCCUUGACUUUGGUCAGAAUCUCGUUGGAUAUCUACGUCUAUCAGGCAUCAGAGGAUCGGAUGGACACAAGAUUACCCUCCAACAUGCCGAAGUCAUGGAGAACGAAGAGCUUUGUACUCGGCCUUUGAGAAUAUGCCAAGCGAAGGACGAGAUAACACUCAAAUAUUCGCCGACAGAGCUAUGCUUGGAACCACGAUUCACUUUCCAUGGAUUUCGGUACGCUCAGGUUGACAACUGGCCCGGUUGCUUUGAUAUGUCCUGUAUCGAAGCUGUUGUGUGUCACACUGACAUGAAAUCCGCUGGUUACUUCUCUUGCUCAGACCCACUGCUAAAUCAACUAUAUCGGAAUAUCGUCUGGGGUAUGAGAGGCAACUUCCUUUCAGUGCCGACUGAUUGUCCUCAGAGAGAUGAACGACUCGGCUGGACUGGAGAUCUGUCUCUCUUUGGCCCUACAGGGUGCCUUAUUUAUGACUGCUUUGGCAUAUUGAAGAACUGGCUAAUCGAUCUUGCAUUUGACCAGGAUGUUCUUGAUGGCGUUCCUCCAAUGGUCAGCCCUAAUGCCACUCUCCCAGAUCCGAUCUGGUGUAGAAGAGUACCAUGCGCCAUUUGGCAUGAUGUCACGAUUAUAGCACCCUGGACCCUUUAUCAAGAGAGCGGAGAUGAGAGUAUCCUAGUUCAGCAAUAUGAUAGCAUGAUGAAGUGGAUGAAGGUUCUCCCUCGACAGGCUUCAGGACUAUGGGAUCCAAAACCCUUUCAACUCGGCGACUGGCUUGACCCGGCAGCUCCACCAGAUCAGCCAUGGAAAGGCGCAACAGACGCAAAGAUGGUGUCAAAUAUGUUUUUGCUACAAAGUCUAGAUCUCAUGAGCAAGAUAUGUGGCGUGUUGGGGCGGAAGGAUGAGCAGCAGAGAUUCAAAGAGGACUACCACACAACGCGAAUCGAAUUCCAGCAAGAAUAUGUCACACCACGGGGACGCAUCACCUCAGAUUCCCAAGCUACGUAUGCACUAGCUAUUUGUCUUGACCUCCUUGACCCAGCACAACGAGUACGAGCUGGAGAUCGGCUUGUGGAGCUCGUACGUAAGAACGAGUUCAAAGUCAGCACAGGAUUUGCCGCCACGCCAUUUCUUUGUGAAGCCCUUGCAUCUACCGGCCACAUCCAAGUUGCGUAUGCGAUGCUUCUCGAGAAAGGCUGUCCAUCUUGGCUAUACCCAGUAACCAUGGGUGCGACUACAGUCUGGGAGAGGUGGGACAGUAUGUUGCCUGACGGUUCUAUCAACCCAGGAGAAAUGACCUCAUUUAACCACUAUGCCUUUGGCGCUAUAGCCAAGUUCAUGUAUGAGAGAGUCGCCGGGCUGCAGAGGCUUGAGCCUGGAUGGAGGAGAGUUCGUAUUUCCCCAGCUAUCGGCGCCACCUUUUCUCGAGCUGCUGCGUCGCAUGUUUCCCCUCAAGGUACGAUCUGUUUUGAGUGGGAAACGAGGGUUAUUGACGGGGACACCGAGGAGUUUACUAUCGAAACUACGGUUCCGCCAAACACUGUCGCUGAGAUUAUACUUCCUGGCUUGGAAAAAGAAGAGGUAAAGGAGGUUGGUUGUGGUGAAUGGACUUUUAGAUCACACUUUAGAAGAGAUUAUGAGUGGCCUGUCUCACCGCUACCACCAAAGUCAUAA